AUGAAGAUGCUGCUGAGUUUGGUUGUUCUGCUCUCUGUUUUUCUGUUGAUUAGUUCAGCUCCUCAAACCUGCUACUCAAGGAUUCUGUCUUUGAGCAAAGAAAUCAUGGCAUCAUUUAAGAAUUUACAGAACCCUGAACCUGUGGACCCCUGUGUGGAGAUGCUGCCCAAGCUCUACUUGGACAUACAUAAUUAUUGUGUGUUGGCAAAACUCCGUAACUUUGUGGCAUACCCUGCAUGCCAAAGAGUGCCGCAAGUGAGUGCUCUGAAGGAAAAGAUCCGGAGCCUGUACACCAUUAUGAUCUCCUUCUGCAGGAGGGACUUAGUGUUCCUUACUGACGAUUGUGAUGCUUUGGAAAUCCCUAUCCUGUCUCCGACUGAUCCCUCUGUCAUUCAGAGCUAAGAGAGUCAGACCACAGAAAGUACCUGGGAUGGUUUAAAGGAAGCCAAGAGCCACCCAAAAAAUGCAAUCAACUACAACAUUUACAACCUUGUUCUUUUUCAAGCACACCAGCCCUAUUAUCUCAGACCUACCCAUGUUUCUCAGCCUUGGCAGGAAAUGAUCUGCAUGCCUUACAUACCUAUCAAGCUGCUAGCGAAACUAUGGUUAGAAAGCAUUUUAGUCAUUUGAUGUUUUCAGUUGAGAACAAGUUAGAAAGUAUGUUUUGUUUGAUCAGAAAUUAAAUGCUGGGUUUGUUACUCUUUCAUGAAUAACUACAUUCAUACAAAAAAAAAAUUUUGUAUUCUGACCUAGUGGUUCCUCUCUCAGUCGAGGUAGGCUUGCACUUGUCUAUUUUUUCUAAAGCAAUUGGUAAAAGUGUUAGUCUGUAGUCACGGACAUUUCUGUACUUGUACAGUUUAUGUACAUGUAUGUUGAUCCCUUUUAGUGUCAACCUUGUGUGUAUAGAAAGUAACCCUUUAGUCAGUGGAAAUCUCAGUGAAAAACUAAAUUAAAAACACACCCUUCUACCCAGAGAAGUCAGCAUCACAUCAGAUCCAUUUCACGUACACACUGAAAGAUAUCAUCCCUCUAGCUUCUUUUUCCACAAUCACCCUAUAACUUGAUUUUUUUCCAGCAUGAGCGGUCUUCAGCUUUGUUUCCAUGGCAAUGCAAAUGUUUCUGUGCUUAGAAAUGUCAUCAAAUGUGUUUUUAAACAUUUUAAGAAACACCCAUUUUUAAAUGCUAACUUUAUUAGUACUACUAGAUGAAUAUUCAUUUUUAAUUCAGUUUCUGUUACAAAAAUUUAGCUU